AUGGCAGGUGCUGCAAGCCUCGACUCGCUUUUCCAGGGGCUGGUAGAGGACGAGAUCAGCUGUCACCACUUCCUCGUCCAGGCGGCCACCACGACCCCCCCGCCAAAGAUCCACCUCCGGAGCGAGCUGAACAAUUGGACGGCGCUUCGGGAGACGCUCCAGGCAUUGGCGUACAACCUGAGCACUGAGGACCCUUGGAUCCGCCUCGGCCUGCCGAAGGACGAAGGGGGGGCGCCUACCCAGGAGCUUAUCGACCAGCGCUGCAACAUGGGCGCGCUCUUGAUGACCGUGGCCGACGCGGAGACUUGGACGACUGAGGACGUGGGCAGGGCGAAGCAUUUCACCGUGCUGUUGGAAAAGGCCCGGGAAGACUGUACUGCCGACCUUGGCCGGGUACUUCGGGAAUGCCGCCGGCGCAAGGGUGGAGCCGACGCCGUGCCACGUUGGCUUGAACCCAGUCCUGACCUCUUGUCUUUCUUCGUGCAGCGCUCGACACAGGACGAUGACAAGUUGGCCCUCCACCUUUCCAAUUUGCCAGAGGUGGCGCUGAACAGCUUCUCGAAGGUGGUGCCGAUGGAGACGUGCCGCACGUUCUACCGCCUGCUGAACAAGGGUGGUACUGGCUGCACGGAGCUGCUAAACCUUCUCCAGGGGAGUGCCACCAUGUUAUGGGCACCUGACGACAGGGACGUUUUCCAGACGUUUAUGGGCAUGUUCCAGAAGCGGGCGCUGACCUCCCCCGAGCCACUCGCCCUCACCUGGGUCAUCCCGCACGCCCCCUUUCCGGGAUGCUCUUCCCCAGAGUCCAUCAUGGAGUUGUGGACACACCCCAUCUUCAGCGGCAAGUGGAAAGCUCUCGUCAAAAAGGUUGAGUUUCUCAGGCAGCCAACCAGGGGCGUCUUCUCGGGUUCAGUUGCCCCUCUGUACCACCUCAAGUCGCUUGUCUUGGUCACGGUAUCUGGUUCUGGUAUGUGCGAGCAGCCUUGUAUGGUGCAGUGGAGGCCCACGAUCGCUGACUUCGACUCUGGGCCCGCCAUCUUCGUAGAUUGUACUGCGGACGACUUGCAGACCACCCACCGGACUAUUCUACGCACUUCUGUUCCUUCCCCCGGCUCUGUGGAAUGGUCCGGCCCCGUGCGGAGCUUGAACUCGGGGAGGGCGCCAACGCUUCUUGUUUAUCGGCUUCUUUGA